GAUGCUGUCUUCCUCGAAGAAGACGCCAUUCACUUGCCUACAAGCAUGAUUCUUCCUCUCAAGUUCGUUCUCCUAGCAUGGGCUCUCGCCUUGGCCGUGGUCCCUUCGGUAGCCCUAGGCGCCACUGUCUUUCAAGCGAAGGGUGAUGCCAAAUGGCCCUACACGCCAUGGAGCACCGACGGCCCCCACGUCAAGAAUACACGGGGCGAGACCGUCACCAUCGUCGGCGUCAACUGGCCCGGGUCGGGCGAGACAAUGAUACCCGAGGGCCUUCAAUACGCAUCGGCGUCCUCCAUCAUCUUGCGCCUCGGCAAGGCGGGCUUCAACUUUGUGCGGCACACCUACGCCAUCCAGAUGAUUGACGAAAUCUAUGAGAAUGGGGGCACGGACAUCACGAUUGAGACGGCACUCAAGAACGGGCUCGGCGCCGAGAACGGCACGGCGGUCCUGCAAAAGAUGCUCGACGCCAACAAGGACCUCAACUGGACGGCGCAGACGACUAGGUUGCAGGUCUGGGACACCCUUGCGAAACUCGAGGCUGAGAACGGCAUCAUGAUGCACCCCGACAACCACGUAUCAAAAGCGAAGUGGUGCUGCUCGCACUUUGACGGCAAUGCCUGGUGGGGCGAUCGCUACUUUGAUGCGGAGAAGUGGCGACGUGGACUGGCGUACAUGGCCAAUUGGGCCAAGGCUCACCCCAACAUUGCGUCCAUGUCGCUCCGUAACGAGCUCCGCUCCGCCUGGCCUCAAAAUGACACCGACCAGACAAAGGUCGAGUACAGCUGGAUCUCGUGGGCAAGCAACGUGACAGCGGGUGCCGAUGCGAUCCAUGAGGCCAACAAGGACCUGCUGAUCACCUUCUCGGGCCUGCAAUACGACCAGGACCUGUCGGCCGUCACGCAGGAGCUCAAUUUGAACGUAGCCCCUUCGUACAAACUCGAUGCGAUCAGAGACGGCAGGCGACGGAAGCCCGUGCACUUCAGGAUUGACGAGCACGACUGGAAGAACAAGGCGGUGCUGGAGCUGCACCUGUACAGCAUGAGCGAGAACGCAGACACGGGCACCUGCGAGGCGAUCCAGGCCCAGCUGUACAACUACGGCUUCAACGCCCUGGGCAUCGACGCGCCCAAAGGAUGCGCCUCCCACGAGGCGGACGGCGACACCGAAUACCAUUGUCCUCCAGCCAAACGAAAGACGCCCGUGUGGCUGACGGAGUUUGGGCAGGCCCAAGACGCCACGCUGUACAACGACACGCUGACCAACUGCUUGAGGGACUUUACUGUCGAAAACAAUGUCGGCUGGGCAGUGUGGUCCAUUGCUGGUAGCUACUAUGCGCGCGAGGGCGGCCAGGACGUGGAUGAUACGUGGGCGCUCCUGAAUCACAAUUGGAGCGACUGGAGGGACCCGCCCACAUUCAAGUCGUUUUGGAAAAAGUGGAUCGGCGACAUGGGCAAAACAAACAUCGAGAAAGGUCGUCAUUAGAUAGUCCAUUGCAAUAUCGAUCUGGCCCAUCUUCAGCGUCAUUAAGAGCAAUGCUCCUUUGGCGUAGCAUUCCUAUUUAGAAGCAAGCAGAUUCCCAAUUAAGCGAAU